AAGCAUAUAUCAUCAGAAUCAACCUUUGCUUUGCCAGCAAUUAAAUCAGAUAAAAUAACUUCAGAUUCUUCUGAGGGUGCUGACGUCAGAGUGGCUAUUCUUACAGUAAGUGAUACAGUUGCUAUGGGGGCUGGCCCAGAUCGAAGUGGUCCCAGGGCAGUUUCUGUUAUUAAUUCUUCUUCGGAAAGGCUAGGUGGUGCCAGAGUUGUAGCAACUUCUGUGGUUCCGGAUAAUGUGACGAAAAUUCAGGACAUUCUAAGAAGAUGGAGUGAUAAUGAACAAAUGGAUCUUAUAAUUACUCUAGGUGGGACUGGCUUUACCUCACGAGAUGUAACACCGGAAGCUACAAAAGAGUUGAUUGAAAAAGAAACACCUGGUCUUUUGUAUGUAAUGAUGCAAGAGAGUUUAAAGGUGACUCCGUCAGCAAUGCUUUCACGCUCUGCAGCUGGAAUCAGAGGAUCAACCUUGAUUAUUAACAUGCCGGGAAACCCAAAUGCUGUUGCUGAAUGUAUGGAAGCUUUAUUGCCAGCACUUAAGCAUGGCUUAAAGCAGCUAAGGGGAGACAAGAGAGAAAAACAUCCUCGGCACACUCCUCAUGCCGAAGCAGUUCCUACAGAUGUUUGGGAACAGAGUUAUAUGUCAGCCACCGGUGGUGAGGUCUCUUGUUCCUGUUGUAAGUAAAUUCAAUUAAAUUUUGUGCUUUGCUUCCUCCUUUUGCCUUCAAUCAUCCUUAGAGGGAAUCAAUCGGCUAUGUUUACUAUCUGAUGCGAGUGGAAUGGAUUAGAUGAAAUAAACAAAAUGAGGUGAAAUUACCUUUUUGUUAUUUGAAUAUUUCAUUUUGUAAUAAAAUGCAAAGGAGUAAAAGAGAAUAUAGAUGUUUGUGUAUGAAAUAUAGAAUAGAUUUACAUGACAAUUGAACUGAAAUACAGUUGAGAAACUGGCAGAGUCUGGACUA